UAGAGUUAAGGAUAAAAUCAAGAUCUUUUGGGGACCUUUGUCCUCCAUCCAAUCGCCACUUUGAUAUCUUGCCAUUGGCCGUCGACCUUUCUCUACUACUGUUAUCUAUUGCUAUCUAUCUGCCAUGAUGAUGUCCCUUCGAGUAUCUACUGCUGCUUCCCUGGCCCGUCGAAGACUGCCGGGUGGUCGAAUUCCGUUGCUAAUAUCCACCAGGAUACCCUCUCCUCGUUGCUUUUCCGCCAGUGCUACUACCGAGCCUACCAAUAACAGUGAUAUCAUUGAUUGUGACAGCAAGGACGUCUUGAAUGCCCAUCACGGCCUGGAUUUAUCGGAUCCCUACUGCAAUGUCUCGGAACACAUUGCGUCUCGAGUGGGAGUCAAUCUCCACCAUCGAACGAAUCAUCCUCUCUGUACCAUCAAGGAACUGAUUCAUGACUAUUGGAAUACCACUAAUAGUGACAACAACAAUAAAUUCGAAUUGAUUCAAAAUCUCCAUCCCGUCGUUUCGACCAACGCCAAUUUUGACUUGCUCCGCAUUCCUCAAGAUCACGUCAGUCGGCAAAAGACGGACACGUACUAUUUGAAUCCAACGACUGUGUUACGAUGUCACACCAGUGCCCAUCAAGUCGACCUCUUGAAGCAACACAAACGACAAUUCUUGGUCACGGGAGAUGUCUAUCGACGAGAUGAAAUUGAUGCCUCGCAUUAUCCCGUCUUUCAUCAAAUGGAAGGUGUCAAGUUGUUUGAUACAUCCGACAAUACAGAAGAAUCAAUUCAGGCCGAUUUGCAACACGGUCUCGAAGGCAUGGCCAAGGCACUCUUUGGCGCCGACACGCCGGUCCGAUGGGUCGAUGCCUACUUUCCCUUUACCCAUCCAUCGCUCGAAUUGGAAGUCUACUAUCAAGACGACUGGUUGGAAGUAUUGGGAUGUGGAGUGAUUCAUCCCGAUAUUAUUCAAAAUGCCGGAAUGGACCCUUCACAAACAUCGGGAUGGGCAUUUGGAUUGGGAUUGGAACGAUUGGCCAUGGUCUUGUUUGCGAUACCCGAUAUUCGACUCUUUUGGUCCACCGACCAACGAUUUCAUAAACAGUUUCAAGCUGGAACAAUCAACACGUUUCAACCCUAUUCCAAAUAUCCACCGUGUCUCAAGGACAUGUCUUUUUGGUUGGCUCCAGACGCCAACGCAUUUUGUGAAAAUGACUUGUCCGAAGUCGUGCGAGAAGUGGCAGGAGAUUUGGUGGAACAAUUGACAUUGAUUGAUUCCUUUGUGCAUCCCAAAACACAACGCACCAGUCAUUGCUAUCGCAUCACCUACCGAUCCAUGGAUCGAUCACUCACCAAUCAAGAGAUUGACGCGCUACAAGAGCAAGUACGAACGUUGACACAGGAUCGAUUGGGAGUCGAGUUGCGAUGAUGAUGAUAAUAUUAAUGACGAUGAUAAUGCUGUGUUGCACUGAUGAGUGUGUUGGUUGGCUCGUUUCUCGAAAUGCUACCUUGCGCUAGUGCAAGUGGAGGUAUGGUACUCAAGCGACAAUCAAUGAAAGAGAAGAUUGAGACAUAAAGCUGGCUCUGGGCGGUCUUCGAUGAAUAAAUAGCCUGAGGGAAAGCUGCGCCGAGUUGGCUCCUCAAGUGUACAAAUCAACUAUUUUUAACUUCUAGACGUGUUUCACAUCAUUUGUACUUCAA